AUGGAUGAACAGAGCAUCAGGUCAUCACAGCGUGUAUCGCGAUCGUGCGUCGAGUGCAGUCGCAGGAAAAUCAAGUGCGACAAGAAGAUUCCGUGCAAGCCAUGUGUGCGCCGGAAUCUUGCCCACGAGUGCCAGCGGCCUAUCACUCGUGUUCGAGGCAUGCUUACAGUGUACGUCCAGGCUUCAACACAAUGCCGUGGAACUGAACGAUGUGCCUUGCAAGCACAAAUUGCAGAGUUAGAAACAGCCUUGGCCCUUUCCAAACCAUGUGGACACACGCACGGCACCAAAUCCGAGUUGCACCGCCAGAACCAAACGCCGAUACCCGCUUUCGAAGACCUCGUACCUGCUCUUGAGCAGUUUGAUCUACAAGUUUCGCAUGAUUCCGAUCCUGUAGCCAUGUCGGAGAAAGACAUGGCCGACCGUCUUUACGAACCCUCGACCGACCCUAUCUUCCUCCUGCUACCUUCUAGAGACAUUAGCGAGCAAUUGGUCACAUUCUCAUUGCGCACCCUAGGCUGGCUGCAUGGUGCUGUGCACGCACCCGAAUUUAUCACGGAACAUGAAGCAUUUUGGAACGGAAUACACAGUGGCGUCGCGUUCGAUAUCAAAGAUCGACCAUGGCUUGCCCUUUACUUUGCUCUUUUGGCGACUGGUUUGCUCUAUCUUGAUCCUGAAGAAGUGCCUGCGAUAUCCGAUCUACCACAACUAAAUCUCCAUCAAUAUCAGCAACACGAUGAGAUGAGAUAUGCCGUCCAUACGUCGCGUCUCUGGUAUGAGGUCGCUUUGAAAGAAGUCGAACGAUAUGGUUGCUCUGGUGCACCUUCUCUCAGAAUUGUACAGGCCUUGUCGGUGAUGACGCUCUGUCACUCGAACUUUGGCGAACCUCAGAGAGAAUGGCUGUUUACCGGAUGGGCAGCAAGCAUGGCGCGUUGUCUUGACAUGCACAGACUGGGAAGUGAGGUAGCUCACGCUCAAAGCGUGGCAGUAAGACCUGAAUGGUCGACUAUCGAAAAGCGCGAAUUGGGCCGUCGUGUAUGGUGGACAUAUGUCAUUCGGGACUGGCUAGGAAGUUGGUCUCGUCCACCAUCAAUCACACCUGCUAGUUUUUGCUGCAAAUUCUCGACCGAGAACACGCAUAAUCACGAUGCGAUCCUCGAAAUGCCUACACACACAUCCAGCCCAUCACCACUUGUCUACCAGUCCGUCAUGUGUCGUCUGUCAUACAUCUUCUACAUCUACAUCAAAGUCAACACACACCAAAACGCCUCCAAAUUCAUCAAGGCACUUGAAGAGGUCGAGAUUGUCAAGCGAAAUCUACCUCUGCAUUUGUCGACAAAAUUCCCUGCAAAUAUUGACGACGAAGAAUGGGAAGCCACACACCCCUGGAUCACUUUCCAGCGUUAUCUCAUCAAUCACGCCAUCGAUUUCAUGAUGCUCAGUAUCGCGCGUACUCUGGCAAUGGGCAAUAUUGGCAGUGAAUCGAAUAAAUAUCGCGAUGCAGCUAUGGCAUCCGCCACGAGUAUCAUCAACAGCUAUCUGUCACCAGUCGCACGAGUGUACAAACUUGUCUGGACCGUUUCAGCCUCUACAGUCGCAGCUGCAAUUUACACAUCGCUCGAUAUCUUGAUGAAUCCGGACGAUUACACGCCCCAGAAAAGACAGGAGCAUAUUAAUUUACUGAAUCGCGUUAUUCAAGAGCUUAGCAAAUACAACCACGUCGCUAUUCACGCUGCGAAAGGUUCAGCUUCCAUCCAGAAGCUCGUAAAUCGUCUGGAGCAGAACUUUUCCAUGUCGCAUCUUUCUGUCCACGAUAUUCUUCGCCAUCUCACGACUCAAGAAAUGCCAUCAACCACAUCUGGAGGUGUUGCGGAUGGUUAUGUUCUGCCAGGUCAGAAUAUACCAGUUCCUGUGGAUGGCGGUUGGAAUGAGAUGAUGGUCGGACAUGAUAUGACCAUCUCGCACAUGGAUCAAGGUCAUAUUGAUGGUUUGCUAGGCCCUUCGGACACAUGGGACAGCUUCAUGGAGUUUCCAACUUUCCAAGCUCAAGCUCAGCAUCAAGCUCAGCAUCAAGCUCAGCAUCAACCGCAGCAUCAACCGCAGCAUCAACCUCAUCUUCAAGCCCAGCAUCGAUCUCAACACCAGCAUCAACGUCAACACUACGAAGAGUGA